AUGUCUCGUCGCUUGCAAGACAGGGAUAUUGAGGAGCUGUUAAAUGCACUAGAAUCUGGAAAUUUGUCUGAUGAUGGUAUGGAGGAUGAAAAUGAAGACGAAGAAUUGUUUUAUGAAACAGCCAGGGAAAUUUUACAGGAUUUAGACAGGAACGAAGAAGUGGACAACGAAGAAACGGCAACCAGUCAAGAUAACAGCGAUCCACCGCUAGUUGAAGAUGAGAUAAGCCGUAUAUCACCGUGUCCUACAGGAUACACCCUUUGCAAUAUAGGAUCCACGAACGGAAAUAAAAGAGGACGACCGAGCAAUGACUCUUUGGAACGAGAAAUACAGGCAAAAAAACAAAAGAAGUCUGCUCAUCCACUCCCCUCAAAAGUUGUUCGGAAGGACGGGAUAGACCACUGGCCUCAGUUCUCCGACUAA